AUGUACCAGAGCUUGGCCUUAACCUCAAAUCAGUCUCCAUAUGCGCACGACACUGGAAACUACAUCCACGCCUCGGCCAGUUCUCCGGUUUACGUGCCAACGACCCGUGUACCAGCCAUGUUACAGACUCUUCCCUACUUGCAGACCUGCGAGUCCGCUCAUCAGUCGCAUGGCCUCGGGGGGCACCAUGGCUGGCCUCAGACUGGCACGGAUAGCUCGUCGUUCAAUCCAGGCAGCCCGCACCCACCCCCCGGGUUCUCGUAUGCUCACAGUCCCCCUGUGAGCAGCAGUACCGGCAGAGAUGCAGCAUACCAGAGCCCACUCGUUCUGAGUAACGGCGGGAGGGCUGAUCAGUACAGCAGUUCUCUGGUGCGCUCAGUCGGAGGGUCCUACUCGAGCCCUUAUGCGGCGUACAUGAGCCCCGAGAUGACGACUUCUUGGACACCUGGACACUUCGAGAGCGGCAUGAUCAGCCUCCAGGGAAGGCAAGGAGCUCUGCAAGGCAGGAGGUCCAGCAUGGAAAUGUUGGAUGAGAUACCGGGUGAAGGGCGCGAGUGUGUGAACUGCGGUUCGAUUUCCACUCCACUGUGGCGGCGAGAUGGCACCGGACAUUACCUAUGCAACGCUUGUGGUCUGUACCAUAAAAUGAACGGCAUCAACCGGCCGCUCAUCAAACCACAGAAACGCCUGCAGAACACCUCCAGGCGAGCUGGACUCUGCUGCACCAACUGCCAUACCAGCACCACCACGCUCUGGCGUCGCAACGCGGAGGGAGAGCCUGUCUGCAACGCCUGUGGCCUCUACAUGAAGCUGCACGGGGUCCCGAGACCACUGGCAAUGAAGAAGGAGAGCAUUCAGACCAGGAAGAGGAAACCAAAAAUGGGCAAAUCUAAAACAUCAUCAGGCUCGUCUGCCUCUGGGACCAGCUCCCCCUCGUCGUUAUCAGUUUCGGAAAGUGCUUCCACCAUUAAGAGUGAGCCCAACAUGGCCCCUUCACCCUAUGCUGGACAGACCAUGGUGUCUGUCUCUCAGGCAUCAUCGCAGCUGGACAGUAUGACCUCAGGACAUACAGACAUCAAGUACGAGGACUACCACUUCACGCCCGCAUCGAUGGCUCCUCAGAAUUCCUGGUGUGCCUUGUCCCUGGCAUGAGCCCACAAAAUCAACCCCCCGUUCUGGGACAUCCGCUCUACCCAGGGUGUUCUGGAUAUAGACUUAUGACGAGAACUACCUAUUACUGACUGUUUCUUUCCCCGAGGGAGAGCAGGAAACAAGAAGGAAU